AUGUGGCUUGUUGGUGUGGGCCUCGUUCUGGCUGGGCUUGUGGUGGGCACAUGCGGAAUGCAUUUGAUCCGCAAGUCGGAGCUCAAGAACCAGUCAGGACACGUUGCGGAAGGCAAAAUUUGCUUUGCUGCCGGAAUCUUUCUCAACCUCAUCAUUGGACCAGUUCUUGACGUCUCGGGCUAUGCCUUUGCGCCAGCCUCUAUUAUCUCUCCAUUUACCGGCUUUAACAUCAUUGCCAAUUCCUUGGUGGCUCCGAUCACGCUCGGCGAACAGGUGACGCGAUGUCGAUGCAUUGGGAUAGUCAUCGUCUUUGUGACCGCAACUCUGUCGGUCUUUUUCAACAAAGAGACGCAGACGGAGGAAUGGACCCUGGAGCGUGCUCAGGAUGUGCUGCUUCAGUGGCGCGUUGCGGUAUACGGUAUCCUAUUCAGUUCGUGGCUAGCUAUGAAUGUGCGAGUGCUUGCACGCUGUCCACAUGGCUCCGUGAUUCGAGGCUUUUGCCUCGGAGCGAUUUCUGGAUCGCUUGCAGGCAACAUGUGGUGCACCCGUUUGGUUGCAGUCUUCGUGAAAGACUGUUUCAAUGGCUCCUGUGGCAAAACUUGGAGCAACUGGCUCCCUUGGUUAAUUUCCGCUGGCGCAGCCUUCUUCGCCAUUACAAAUGUACCUUACAUGCAAAGGGCCAUGCGGAAAUACGAGGCUUUGUUUGUCGUCACAGUCUUCCAAGGCUCAAGCAUACUGACAAACAGCUUGUCGGCCGUGAUCGUGCUGCGGGAAAUGGAUGGUGAGCCCUGGUGGACAUUCGUGGGGUACUUCUUAUGCAUCGGUGGUAUGAUCGUGGGAAUGUUGGUGCUGACCCGUGGAGAGGAAGACGACGGUGUCAAAGCUUCCCACGGCCAGAGUCCCACUGCCAGCCGUGUCAGCAGCGGCGACAGCCUGCCUCCAGCGUUCGUGGAAUUUGUGCAUGCAGGGACAAAGAUCCUAGGAACCCUCUACUAUGCCGGAGAGCUGCAGAAUGCGAUGGCUCAGACGUACUUCUCGAUUGGCAAGAAGAGAGGGCAAUGCCACUGGGAAAUCAACGAAUGCCUGGACUUCGAGGACGAUUCUUACCUGGUCUUCGACGUCACCCCGACGCUUCAUGCGGGUCACGUGACAGCAGCGGCUCGCCAUGGAUGCUCGUUGCAGUGCGCUCUCGCGGGGGAGGGCGACGAUGAUUCCUUGGAUGAGCCACAGGAGCCCCGCGAGGGUGUUGACCUGCUGAUCACAGAGGAAGGGUGGGGCCUCAGUUCGGCAAACUGGUUGAUCCGCAGAAGCGAGUGGAGCAUUGCAUUCUUGGAGCGGGCCUUCCGACUCUGCCACGAUGACAUGCCCCUGUUUGGGGAUCAGGAUGCCAUGAUUCACUUGCUUCUGAACUCCCGGGCGUUGUCGUCCCGCACUGGCGAUGCCUUGGACCCUCAUGCAGUCAUCGUGCCUCAGAGGGAACUGAAUGCCUACGACGCCACUCAGCUGGACUUGGCAGAUCACUUGGACAUUGUGCAUUUGAUCGCUUUCCCUGUCGGUUAUGUUGCAGGUUGGCGAAACCGGCAGUGCAGGCUGCGCCGGGCGGCCUUCGUCACGCGAAAGCUGGGAUCGAGCUCGCUCACCGUGACGGAGCCAUGCCUGGGCACGAUGACUUGGGGUGUUCAAAACGACGAAGCUGAAGCCCACGAACAGCUCGACUACGCGGUGAAAGAGCGAGGCGUGAACUUCAUCGACACGGCAGAGAUGUAUCCAGUGCCCAACUUCGACCCGCAAUGGUGCCCAGGCACCACGGAGGAGUACAUUGGAAACUGGCUGCACAAGAAUCCGGACCUGCGCGACAAGGUGGUGCUCGCCACCAAGGUCGUCGGCCGCUGGCCAAAGUCCCGUGUGGCUGCGCGCCGGACGCUGCCCGAAGGGGAGGCCGACGACUACCCUGAUGGUCGAUUGGAUGAAAAAUCAGUCUUGGAGGCCUGCGAUGCGUCGCUCCGAAGAUUGAAGACCGACUGUAUCGACCUUUAUCAAGUUCACUGGCCCGAUCGAUAUGUCCCUAUCUUCGGCGGCACUGUGUACAAAGCAGAAAGCGAACGAGAAGCCGUGCGAGUCGAGGAAACAGCCGGAGCAAUGAAGAAACUGCUGGAUGCUGGCAAGAUCAAGGCUUACGGCGUGUCGAACGAGACGACUUUUGGCGUCUGUGAAUGGGCACGAGCUGCAGACAAGCUGGGCAUUCCAGCCCCUGCAAGUAUCCAAAAUGCGCUGUCGAUGGUCGUCCGCCUCUUUGAGUAUGAGUUGGCCGAGGCCUGUUCAGAACGCAACCUGAACAUUGGCUUGAUGGCGUACUCGAUCCUUGCAGGAGGUCCCCGGCGGGUAGGACUUCAUGAGCUGAAGGCGAUGCAUGAGGCACUGGAAUCAGAUGGUGCCGUGAUCGUGACCGGCGUGCAGCACACGGGCGGUACAUGGGAAGAGAAGGCGGCUGCCUUGCCGUCCCUUACUUUUCCCGGCCGUCUGGUCUCGAAGACACCGAAGGUGCAAGGAAUCCACCUUGAGCAUCAGCACUUGAAGCAGAACUUGACGACGAAUCCUUUCGAGCUCGUGGGCAAGCCUCUUCUCCCCCACACAGACGGAUACAUUUAUGGCGAGUUUCUUCCGGACUACAUUGCUUUCGUGGUCGAAUCCCAAAGCGACGCUGGUGGCCAGAACUUUGUCGUGGACGGAAACAAGGUUCUUGAAAGGUUGUGCGAGAAAAGCGGCACUGCAGAUGCACCGUCGCUUGACGUUUGCUUGCUGGUUAGGACUCAGACGGUCGAUUUGACCGAGCGAUCUCCGCCAGGUUAUGUGAAUGGUCGGAAGUUUACUGCUCCACUUAUGUGGCACCAACAUCAGAGACUCCGUUUUCACCGGCAGGUCUCCGUCCUCGCGUGUGAGGAUGCAGUAGACGAAGAUGGUGGGCUUCGUUCCACCCUGCGCCCCUACCAGAGCUUGUGGAGCGCCUUGGGAUCAGCCGGCGGAGGAGAUGCCCAUCAGCGCGAAGUGGCUGAACUGCUUGAGGCUGCUGAUGCUGCUGUUCAGAGGGAGGCUGCUGCGGCUCCGCGAUUCAUGGUGCGAGAGGGGGAAGCUCUGGUGAUCGACAACUAUCGGAUGCUCCAUGGCCGGGAAGGCUAUCAGGGCGCGACAGAGCGCAAGCUGUGGCGAGUCUGGUUUUGGAGCAACGAAAGUAGCGGUAUCCCAGAGGGCAUGCCAGAGCUGGGUUCCGUCCUGGAUGCAGAAGAGCUGAGCCUUCUCAGCGGGAAGUAUUUGCCAGGGAAGCCUGCGCCCCCGAAGACUGCGCGGCAUGUGAAGUAUCCGGAAUUCAUGUCAAGGUGGACUCCUUCGAAAGGACUUCCUGAACUGAAUGAGGCCGUCGAGGCUUAUGCCAAGAUCGCGGAGGAAGCAGGCAUGUCCCUGACAGAUCUCUCCACGCGCUGGUGUCGCACGCGUUCCUAUUGCAAGCAUGGCUCAGUGAUCAUUGGGGCGACCUCUGUCGAACAGCUGAAGGAGAACCUCGACGCUUUCGAAGGUGCCGAGGGCCUCUCUGAGGAGGUGCUGCAGAAGAUCGAUGAUGUCCAUCUGAUUUGGAAUGAUCCCAACUGCGAAAGGACCGCCAACACCAGUGAGGGAAUCGAUUGGGAUGUUGUGCGGUUCCAGCUGCUCCAGAUCCCCUUUCCAGAGAGCAUGGCGGCGAUCGGGCCUCUGAUGACACGGUUGGAGAAUCCGCACGAACUGGAUUUUGCUGCGACACACUGCGUUUUCGGAGUCGUGGCCGUGUACUUCUUCUUCGUGAAGUACCUCAUCGAGUCCACGAAGCCGCAUCUCACUCUAGCGCGGCAGUACUACUCGCAGCUGGAUGCUUUCUCCAGCGGCAUUCACCCACACCUCCUCGACAGGUCCGACUGGCUCGUGAAAGACGCGCGGCUCUCGGCCCUCCGACGGGCGCUGUUGGGUCGGCUGCGGCCGGGCAAAGGGGACCCAGGCAGGAGACCGGCGAUCUAUGUCUACGAACACGACAUUGAGAUGGUGCGCGAGCUCUCACAGGGUGGCUCCUUCUGUGGCAAGGGCCAGUGGGGGAUGGAGGUCCACAUUCACGAGUGGCUGCUGGCCAGCCCCUACUUGACAAAGGACCCCGAGGUUGCGGACUUCUUCUUUGUCCCAGCCUACAGCAUCUGUAUGUUCGAAGGCGGCUUCUUUCCGAUCCCGGCCUUAGACGACAUGUAUAAGAAGAUGCUGGAUCAGCUGCCCUACUUCCGGCGGAAUCGGGGCCGCGAUCAUAUCUUCACCUUUGGCUCCGGCCUUUCCGCCAACGUGUUUCCGUCCUGGCGCCAAGAAAUUCCCGAGAGCAUUCAGCUCAGUCCGGAGACCUGGCUCUUCAACGACGUGCUGGACAUGAAGGAGCCCUGCUUCAACACAUGGCGGGAUAUCGCCAUCCCUGGCUAUCUGCACAAGCACGAGAUCCUGUCCCUUCACCAGAGGUCUCGCCCACUUGCAGAGCGAAAGCGCUUCGCUGUCUUCCUGGGCCGGAUCGAUUCUUCUCGUGGUCCCCACCCGAGCCAAGGGGGUCCGGACGUGCGAGCCGCUAUACGGAGACUCAAGGAGGAGGGGAAAAUCUACGUUGCACAGAACUUGAGCUUCCCAGAGAUGCAUGCUGCCAUGGGCACGGCGAAGUUCUGCUUCGUUCCCAAAGGUAAAUCCGCAUGGUCGCUGCGUUUCUUCGAGGCGUUGUUUGCAAACUGCAUUCCCGUGGUGCUUUCGGAUUUCUGGGAGUUGCCUUUCGAGGCUUUCAUGGAUUUGCCGUCCUUUGUGAUCAAAUGGCCCAUGGCAUUAGUCGGAGAUGGUCUGAUGGACUAUCUGGAGUCGCUUCCUGAGGAAGUCCUUGAGGAAUACAUGACGCGUGCCCGUGAAUGGCGCUGCUGGUAUGUCUACCCAUCCCUGCUGCACGAGGUGCAAGUGGACAAGUCCCGGGAUGAGCUUUACACCAUCUGCCCGGAGCUCGACAAGGAGAAUGCCUACGAGGGGAUCAUGCGGCUUUUGGAAUCGAGAAUGCGAAAGUCCUGGACGAUGUCUCGAUACUUCGGCCCCAAGGACGUCGAGAAAGUGGUCGAGAAGAUCCGGUCGGAGAGCCAGCAAAAAGAGUUGUCGACGCCCUCGGAAGACGAUGAGCAGGAUUCCAAGUGA